AUUCACUUAUCUUUCUGUAAAUCGAAUACAAACGUUUGUCUGUUUCUAUCUUAUGUACGGGGGUUUCCGUUUACACCGGAUUACAUCCACGAAAUAUAUUUGCCACAAUUUUUCUACUAAUAAUAACAGUUGCGAGAAAGAUUUCACAGAAAAAGAGCUAGACGUUGUUGAUACUAACAUAACCUAUUUAAAGAUGCGUAUCUGUAAAGGAGUAUAUGUCCAUAGAUCUUGACAAAUAUCAUUGCCCGCGUUGCGAAGCCAUGUGCGGACCAUCGCUUAUGAAAGUAAGGUUAAAUUGGCAUAGACAUGACUAUUCCGAAGCGGACGCGAACGCAAAACCGGUCCAAACUGGUACACCGGUAUUCAUAAGAGAGCUAAAAUCCAGACAUUUCCCAAAAGCGGACGAAAUCGUCAAACACGUCAGAGGACAACAAUUGACUCUUCAAUACUUGCAAACUAACGGUUUUGAAACCCCCAUUAUAAUCGAUGGAAAAGAUGGACUAGACAUGACCGUUCCACCUCCAAAUUUUAGCGUUUACGACGUAGAAAGUUACAUAGGUGGAGAUCGAGAUAUGGACGUGAUCGAUGUUACAAGACAAAGUAAUAUAAGAAUGAAAUUAAGAGACUUUGUCGAAUAUUACAAUUCCCCUUGCAGGACAAGGGUUCUUAAUGUGAUUAGUCUUGAAUUUACAAAUACUGGUCUUUCACCAAUGGUCGAAGCACCAUACAUCGCGCGUAAACUCGACUGGGUAAAUUCCGUUUGGCCGCGCGAUUGGUCCGAGGAUAGUGACAUAAAACGUCCUGAAGUGCAAAAAUAUUGCCUAAUGGGGGUCAAAGACAGUUUCACAGAUUUCCAUAUCGAUUUUGGUGGCACAUCCGUGUGGUAUCACGUACUCCGGGGAGAGAAAGUGUUUUAUCUAAUCAGGCCCACACCCGCGAAUUUGCAACUGUACCAGCAUUGGAUGUGUAGUUCAACGCAGAGCGAAACUUUUUUCGGGGAUCAAGCGGACGCGUGUUACAAAUGCGUUAUAAAACAAGGUCAGACCAUGAUGAUUCCAACAGGAUGGAUACACGCUGUAUUAACUCCGAUAGAUUCUUUAGUUUUCGGUGGAAAUUUUGUACAUAGUCUUAACAUUCCGAUGCAAAUACAGAUAUACGAAUUAGAGAAAAAGAUGAAAACUCCUGCCAAAUUUCAGUACCCUGGCUUCGAGACUAUCAACUGGUUCGCGGCAAAAAAAUUACUAAAAGAAUUGAAGGAAUUAAAUAACGAGGAAAAGAAAUGUCCAGCGUAUCUUUUACAGGGCGUUAAAGCGUUACUCGCUAUUCUAAAACAAUGGAACACGGACAAGGAUGUAAGUUUGCGUUUCGUCUCGGAUCGUUAUACCGUAAACUAUGUUUCAACGACGGUUCAGAGUUUACUUCUAUUUCAGUACAAUAUGAUCAGCAGAGGUCAAAUACCGGAAACUAUAAACAGUCAGAAAUUGUUGAAAGAUUUUAGUAAAGAAAUUCGACACGCGGAACGAUACUUGAUAUCGUUAAAUCCCCCGAAACCAGAAAGAGAAAGUAAACGUAAGAAAAAGAAACCGUUUAAUAAAGAUUUCGUAGAUUACGACGUUGCCGAUAGAAUGGCUAAUAAUCCUUUUAAAGCGACGUUAAAAGAAACGAACAAAGUAGAAUCGACGAUCAGCGAAUCGCCGUCGUCCGGCAGACCUCCGUUGAAAUUAACUUUACCGAAACCCAUCAUGUAUCCUUACGUGAAAACACAGAGUUCAACGUCGGAAGAAAAGAAUGCUUCGCCUGCUAGCAAAAGAUCGUCGAAACCAGGAAAACAGAGUCCAACCGUGAUCAGAUUUAAACUCGGUAAUAACGAAGUCGUGAGGAGUACGCACGACACUGUAAACGUAUACGAUAGUUUAACAUCGAAUCAUCCUCUUGGAACAUCGAAAGAAUUAACGUGGAAACAAACCUCUAUUUAUGAUUUUCACGAUGGUAGUAACGAAAGCGAUUACGGUCGAUUCACGAUCGAUGAAUCGCCGAAACGAAAGAAGGCUCCCAAAACGAAUACGCAGAAACGAUUAAAACGCGAUUACGACGGGGACGUUGACAUUUUAAGCGAUACGCCAAAAAAUGGUAUCGAAGAAUUAUUAAAAGCCUCUGCUUAUACUUUGGGAAACAGUGGUCAGAGAUUAGACGUCACGACUCCAGUAAUUCCACAGUACAAUCAACCUAUGCCACCUCCCAGUGGUUCUGGCAGGGCAUCUCCGUCAACGCGGGAAGCGAUCGCUGGGAUGUUAUCGUUCAGCGAACAAUGUUAUUCGACUACGUCGAAUAGUACCACGAAAUCAACGAAAACUGUUAAAACUCAACGCGACGACGAUGACGACCAGUCGAUAGAAAAUAUUGAUAAAGUGCAUCAAGACGACGAUUUCAUUUAUCCGGCAUUGGACGCUUCGGACGACGAGGAUUACAUUUUCAAACCUAAAGCAAAAAGUCAAAUAGACGAAGCAUGGAAUCCGAAGGCUAGGGUGGGACCACUUUUGCCAAAAACGAAUCGUCCGGCUCGAGAAGGUGUAAAGAAAACGUCCGUUGAAAAAGGACUGGAAGCAGCAGCGGCAAAGCGCGCGAAACAAUCGGACGAUUAUCUGGAUAACAACACGGAUAAGGGAUCCAAGAAGAAAUUGAAUCCAACUAAACGGACGUACAAUAAAAAGAAGUCAAAAAACACGUCCGUAACGUCGGCAAGUGGUACAUCGACCACGUCUUUGGAAAAUAACGCAAAAACGAGCAUCGGUUUUGGCUCGAUAUUGACCAGUCCUAAUAGGCUCAAAGACGUUAAAGCAAAAUUGGCAGCACCAGUUCCAGUUGAACGAAAACCAAAGAAAGGAAUGAAAACGGCUAAGCAACGUUUAGGAAAAAUUUUGAAACUUCACAAAAUGAUGCACUAAAUAUCGGCAAACAAUAUACAGCGAAACAAAUUCAACAUCGCGUCAUUUCUUUUUACAUUUUUUUUCCCCAUUUGUGUACAAAAAAAAUCAUGCAAUAGAUGUACAUUGCUAUGUAAAUAUAUAUUACUCGUUAAGAUAGUAUAUCUAUCUUAAGAAUCUAGGUUUUAAAAUUAUGAUCAUUUUUGUAACGAAAUAUUUAUAUUUAUUAUUGUAUUAUUUAAUUUUAAGACGAUAUACAGUAUGUUUUGAUACUCGA